CUUUGUGUUGUAAAGAACCAGUAACUUCUUGCAUGCCUGUCACUUAGAGUUAUGCUGCAUUUGUCGUAGUAGGUUGGUGGGGCUCAUGAAUUUGGACUGCACAGGUCGGCAGGGUGCGCUUUUUGCCUGCAGCACAUUGGUAGGCGGUGCUUUAGGCAUCGUAAUUUCCAUGGUUGUGAACCUAGCCCUCAUCGAGAUUUCCAUCUCCCCGUUCUUUUCCAUGUACUUUGGGGUGUUAUUCAUUCUGGUGGGCUGCCUCAUUCUUUGGAGGGUUCUAUCACACGAGUCUCCAGACCCACUUCAGAUGAAGCGGCUGCACCUGAGUAUCUUUGCCGGCACGAUCAUCUUAAGUGGCGCGUUGUGCUUCCUCCUAGAUCGCAAGAUCUUCGUUGGCCUUGCCCCCUGGAUGAAGGUGCCGCUGUACAUGACUCUGGGCUUGGCUGUGGCAUUUGCUCUAACCUUCUCAAUCGUUGAUGUUCUCAACUAUGUCAUAGGCUUCUUCCAAAACUCUGUGGCAAAGCCCGUGGUUGAGAGCUCCCAGCAGGUCUUCUUAGUGCUGAUUGUAUCCAUCGCCAUGGGUGUGGUCUUUGGCUUUACGUUUGGCUUGCUGGAUGUCGAAGAUGAGGAAGUGUACCAUAUGCGAGUGGCGCUCAUGAGAGAAGAGCAUUACUGCUAUCCCAUGGGCAUCUUGCUGGGUGCAAUAUCUGGUUUUGGAAAUGAGUACUACCGUCAGAAGGAUGACUAUGCCGGCUAUCAGGCAGAGACAUCCUGUGUUUCCGUUUAAAGCAGCGAAUAGCUUGCAGGGCCUUGCCCAGACAGAGUUCGAUGAAGACAUCUAGGAGGCGGAGUUAGAGGUGAUUCCGCCUGUUUGCUUGAUGUGUUUUGUAGGUAUUCCUGAUUGCGACAAGCAGCUGGCCCUCUGGUACUAGCCAGAUCAAAGGCAUUGACAUUUGCACAUAUGCAAACAUCUUCGAUUGUUUUGAUACAGACGUCCACAUGCCUACAAUUCCUUAGAGUGUCAGUGCCUUCGGACCUGCAGAAUUACUCCUGUUGCCAAAGCAGGAAGUGGCCAGUCGCGAAGAAAACAAUCUCUCAUGCUUGACAGCAUUUAUGUUCAGAUGAGCAUGCUUGAUUCUUUGGGCUCAGGGACUGAGAAGAGUGACCAUG